AUUUAAAUGCAAAAAAAUGUCUUAUAGACGUCCUGCAAAAUUUAAAAGAUUUUCAUCGACGCCAUCGCCACUAUACCAUUAUACUACAGCUAACGGUGCCGAUGGUAUACGUGAGAUAGGUCAUAUAAAAAUAUCGGUAAAUCAACGACACGCUGUCUACGGGCCGGGUGUCUAUAUGACAUCAUUGAAUCCCUAUAAUAAUACAAUAGAUAUUGUCAAAAAUAAUUAUGGUCCAUCAGAUGGUAGGAUUAGAUCAGUCGAAUGGGUAGUCUAUGUCGAUACAGAUCAGUUGGACAAAACUAAACUAAAACUUGUAGACCUACCGGAACCCAAUAACCGGAAUAUCUAUCUAUAUCCAGAUAUUAUACCUGUACUGACUAGUGAUAUACAUAAUAGAUCAGAAUUGCUGGAUGAGUUUAGUAAGAUUGAGUUUGUAGGUCAGGGUCCAUCAAUUGAAAAGAUACCGGAGCCGCCUAUGGUUAUUGAUUAUAUUUGUGAACAACCCUAUUAUCGUUUAGCCUAACAAUACCAGUAUAUGCUUUCUAUGAAGAUAU